AAACACUCCACCAAACAACUUUUGAUCCCGUCCAAACACAACCAACAAUGUUCAGAUCGAUCCGCGUAGCCAAAUCCGCAUCCUCACUGCGUGCUCAAUUCCUUCACAGCACGUCUUCCAAUCCGGCGCCCUCCGUCACCCUCCUGUCCGCUGCGCAGCAAAAUGUGAAUAAGAGCAACCAGUGGGCGAGUAAGACUGUUGCGGAGCUGAGACUGGAGUUGAAGAAGAGGGGUUUGAAGAAUAGUGGAAAGAAGUCUGAGCUUGUGGAGAGACUUUUCUCAUCAGACGCUGCGACUGCGUCUGCUACGCCGAUCGCGAAGCCUGCUCCGGCUGUUGCGGAGAAGUUCCCAAAUGUUACAAAGAGGCAUGCGUCAAGUAAGGCUAGUGAUACGAAGCAGCCUAUGGAUGCGAACAAGGUUACGAUACCCGCUGCAGACAUCCCAGCGCCAACAGAGGACGUAAUCGCCGAACAGCAAUUCGACGCCCAAGCCAACAUCCCGAUCACCCCCACCACAAUCCGUGAAGCCCCCAAAGCCCCCAAAGCCCCCGAGCUAACGGUUGCGAAACCCGAGGUGCAUGUCGUUGAUGACUCGGCCGGUGCGGAUGUUGCGCAGCUAGCGGGCGAGGUUGAGCAGCCUGUUAAUAAGCAGGAGGGAGUAGGUAGUGUGAGGGAGGCUGUUGAGGCUGCGAAGGAUAAGGCGCAUGCUGGGGUUAACAAGUUGACGGAGGAGGUGCCUGAGAAGGUGAAGGAGAAUGUUGGGUCUGUUGCUGAGCAGGUGAAGGAGAAGGCGCAGCAGGCUCCGAAGAAGGUGCAGGAGAGUGCUGGCUCCGUCGUCGAUAAGGUCAAGGAGCAAGCAGAGCAAGUCAAGGAGAAGGCACAGGAGGCACCCAGCAAGGUGCAAGAAACCGCUGGCUCCGUCGUCGACAAGGUGAAGGGGCAAGCAGAGCAAGUCAAGGAGAAGGCGCAGCAGGCUCCGAAGAAGGUGCAGGAGGCUGCUGGCUCCGUCGUGGACAAGGUCAAGGAGCAAGCAGAGCAAGUCAAGGAGAAGGCACAGGAGGCUCCGAAGAGAGUGCAGGAGGCUGCUGGCACCGUCGUGGACAAGGUCAAGAAGCAAGCACAGCAAGUCAAGGAAAAGGUAUCAGAGAAGGUCGCCGAUGCUAGUUCCAGCGAGGCUCCUGAGGGCGAGAUCUCCGGCCGUGAUAAGACCAUUCUCUGGACUUUAUUUGGUGGUAUUCUUGGUUGGACGCUCUACGGUGAUAAGCUCACCAAGAAGUCGAAGAAAGAGGAGGAGGGGAAGCACUGAGUUGACGACACACGGAUCCCGGAUCGGAUGGAUAGUUGAAAUAAUAUGGUCGGAGGAGCAUCUGUCACACUCUUUUGGAAGACACA